CGGAGCGAUCCGGGCGGUGAGGCGGUUUAUGAGACGCCGCCGGCGGGCGGGCAGGACUCAGUGUGAGGCGAGCCGUGCAGCGGGCAGGUCGCGCAGCGUGCGCCCCGUGCAGCCCUCAGCUCCCACCGCACCCCGCAGCCAGGCCGGGCCACCAUGGCUGAUCAACUGACAGAAGAGCAGAUUGCAGAAUUCAAAGAAGCUUUUUCACUAUUUGACAAGGAUGGUGAUGGUACUAUAACUACAAAGGAGUUGGGGACAGUGAUGAGAUCGCUUGGUCAAAACCCCACAGAAGCAGAGCUACAGGAUAUGAUCAACGAAGUAGAUGCUGAUGGCAAUGGCACAAUUGACUUUCCAGAGUUUCUGACAAUGAUGGCAAGAAAAAUGAAAGAUACAGAUAGUGAAGAAGAAAUUAGAGAAGCGUUCCGUGUCUUUGACAAGGAUGGUAAUGGUUACAUUAGUGCUGCAGAACUCCGUCACGUGAUGACAAAUCUGGGGGAGAAGCUAACAGAUGAAGAAGUUGAUGAAAUGAUUAGGGAAGCAGACAUUGAUGGUGAUGGUCAAGUAAACUAUGAAGAGUUUGUACAAAUGAUGACAGCGAAGUGAAGACGUUGUACAGAAUGUGUUAAAUUUCUUGUACAAAAUUGUUUAUUUGCCUUUUCUCUGUUUGUAACUUAUCUGUAAAAGGUUUUUCCCUUACUGUCAAAAGAUUAUGCAUGUAUAGUAAUUAGAAGGCCAUUCCUCCAUGUUUUUCUCCUUUAUCUUACUGUCAUUGUUCUGAUUUUUGGAAAAUUGAUCUAAGUAACAAAUGUUGCAUGUGGCUUACUCUGGAUAUUUAAGCCCUUCUGCACAUCUAAAGUUAGAUGAAGUUGGUUAACUGAGGGAACAUCUGGAUUGUCUAUUAAAAAAAGUAGCUUUCUCUAGGAAACUUAGGUAUGACUAGUGUGACAAGUUACAUAAAGUAAGCUAGGGUUUACCAUGCAUUAGCUGUUCCUUAGUUAAAGCAACACGCUGGUUCUAGUUCUUGAGUACGUAGGAGUUUUUCUAUAGGAGUUUUUUUCCCCUUUCUGUGAUGGGAGGAUAAGGCUCUUGCAGCUUACCUGCAGGAUAAAACGAUGUGAAUGGGAUAUAUCAUGUGGCUAAUGCACUGUAAAAGUCAUUCUCCUAGCUUACUUCACAGUAACUUGUUUGUGGCCAUACCUGUAACAUGUUGUUGAAAUGUGGAGUCUUAACGUUGUAGACGAUUGACAGUCAACAAUAUGAAACUUAAGUUGCACUAAUGCAAAACGGGUGAUUUAUCCAGGUACUCGUACACAAGUUUUUUUUGUACUGCUGGUCCUGUGCCAGAAAACAUUUUCUCCUCUUGUUACUAUGCUUUUUAAACUUUGUUUAGCCACUUAUUUUCAAAAAAAUCUGCUUAUGGCACGAUUUGCCUCAAAUCCAUUCCAAGUUGUAUAUUUGUUUUCCAAUAAAAAAUUACAAUUUACCCAUA